AUGAUUUCACCAACCAAGAAGAUAUUCCUCAUUGCCAGCCAUGUCUCGUUGUCAGGGCUCCUAUACGGACUAGACACAGGUUCGAUUGGUGUCAUCACCCAAAUGGACCAAUUCGCCGCGUCCAUCGGUCUCUUAACCUCCAUGCAACAAGGAAUUUAUGUCUCCUGCAUCCUCCUUUCCUCCUCCGUAUCCUCUUUAGCAAGCGGCCACAUCUCCGACCGGAUUUCGCGAAAAUAUGGACUCCUCAUCGGCAGCAUCCUCUCUCUUAUCGGGACCGUCAUUUCCGCAUCUUCGCCCAAUUUUGCAGCACUGAUCGUCGGCCGUCUAAUCACGGGAAUGGGAAUGGGUCAAGCCAUUUCCGUCGCGACGGUCUAUCUCGUGGAGAUCGCCACGGCGGAUAUCCGUGGCGUGACCGCCUGUCUUCUGCAGCUUUUUGUGGUAGUUGGGAUCAUGACUGGGUAUUUCAUCGCAUAUGGAUCUCAUCAGUUAUCAGGCAGCAUGGCCUGGAGAUUGCCGUUCAUCGUGCAAGCGGUCAUGGCCGCUGUUCUCUCCCUCGGGUUGCUGUUCCUGCCUUUCUCGCCCCGGUGGCUCGUCCAGGCCGGUCGAAGUGAUGAUGCCAGGCGUGUCUUGACUAAGUUACGGACAGCGACAGCAGUCGACUUUGAGCUAAGUGAGAUCCAGCAGAGCUUACAGUCAGAUAGACACAAAUCAGUUGCCAGCUGGGGAGAGAUAUUUGGCCGAAAGUAUAUUAGCCGAACGUCGCUUGGAAUCUUUCUAAUGUCUUUCCAACAACUAACUGGGAUUGACGUUGUCUUAUAUUACGCCCCAAUCCUUUUCCGACAAGCGGGUUUCACUUCCGAAAAGGCCUCGUUUCUUUCCUCAGGGGUCACCGGCAUCGUGAUGUUGGUCUGCACUAUCCCAGCUCAGAUCUGGAUUGACCGGUGGGGGCGCCGGAUGCCCCUUGUUAUCGGAGGAUUGGUGAUGGCGAUUUGCUUCAUUGUUACAGGGUCACUAUAUGCCAGAUAUGGUCACACCACUGCGGAUUCGGUCAUUCUCACUUCGACUGCAGCACAGUGGGUAGUCAUUGUUUUGAUAUAUGUGUUUGUGGCCAACUUUUCCUGGUCGUGGGCGGUGGUUGGUAAAAUCUACGCCUCGGAGAUUAUCCCUACCAGGCUUCGGGCCAAGGUCUGCGCCUUGGAAUUGGUCGCUAACUGGAUCGUGAAUUUCAUUGUGACUCUCACGGCCCCUCUGUUCCUACGGUCGUCGCCCAGCGGUCCAUACUUUCUCUACGGCUUUGCCACCAUCCUUUCUGCGGCAGUCUGCUACUUGAUGCCGGAGACAAAAGGACAGAGUCUGGAGAAGAUUGAAGGUUUAUUUGAAAAGGGGGGAGAUGGGGAGGAACCUCGCGUAUAG